AUGUCCGAGAGCUCCCAGGUUAACGAUGAGUCCUACUGCAAGUGCUUACAGAGGUCAAUCAUAGUCACCUCUUGGACCAGCGAAAAUCCUGGUCGUCGCUUUCGUUCGUGCUCUGAAUACGAGAAUGGAGGUUGUGAUUUUUUUUCUUGGGUUGAUCCACCAAUGUGCAACCGAUCGAAGCAAAUAAUUCCUGGACUCCUACGAAAAUCAAAUCAACUGCGUGCUCAAAAUGAAGCAUUGGAAGACGCAAUUUUGAAAAUGGAGGAUGAAAAUAAAAUGUUGGUUUUAGAGAACAAGAAAUUGCAGUUGAAGUUGCAAGAGGCAAGUUCGAAAAUGAAGGAUGAAAAUAAAAUGUUGGUUUUAGAGAACAAAAGGUUGCAGUUAAAGUUGCAAGAGGCAAGUUCGAAAAUGAAGGAUGAAAAAAAAUGUUGGUUUUAG